AUGGGAUACCUCGACAGAGUCCGGGCAGAUGUUUACUUCUUCGAGUCUCUACUGUACUACUCCUGGUUCACCUGUGGUCUUUAUUGCGCCUCCCCCGCCCCCCCCCCUCCCUGCCAGCGCGCGGGGGAUGGGGUUUAG